AUGCAAAGACUAAUACGGACAUAUAUUGCUGGAGUCUUCUAUGUUUUCAAUGCUAUAUUGAUAAUACUAUAUCUGUUUAACCCAGAUCUUCUAAUACAUCAACUAUACACAAUACCUGUAUCAUUAGGAACAUGUUUUAUUACGCUGGGUUUACUAACAUCAGAUUUCUUGACUCCAUCUUUGUCUGAAAUCUCUACAAAUAUGUUACAUAUAUCACAUCGUAUUGCUGGUAUGACGUUACUGGCAUUAGGGAAUGGUAUUCCAGAAAUCACAAGCGCAUAUCAAUCUAUGAAUGCUGGAGUUACAUCAUUGGCCAUCGGAGAAUUGAUUGGUGGUGUAUUCUUUCUGACAACAGUUGUUAUUGGGUUAAUGGGAUUCAUAAGGACGAUAUAUAUCACGAAUCAUAGCUUAGAGCUAAAAUAUUUAAAUAUUUUAACUUAUGAAAGGCGGCAUUAUAUUGAAGAUAUAUCUUCUUUAACAGGAAUGAUUGUCAUUACAUCAUUGGUUCUUUGGGAUGGUAAAUUGAAACUAUAUGAAUGUAUCGUAUUGAUGACAUGUUAUAUUGUACAUGUAAUGUAUUUGGUACAUCAAAUAAGGAAAGAAGAAAUUGAAGAAAGUCCCAAUAGUGAACUUGAUGUUGAAUUAACUAACGAUAUUUGUGAUAUUGUGAGUAUAAACAAUGAACCAAGUCUUGAUAGUCAUUUAAGCCCCAUCCCAAAUGAUAUAGAGAAUCAAACCUUUGAGAAUAAUAUUUCACUUUUCAAUAGAGAUGAAUUAAUGAGAAGAGAUAAGAUUAAAUGUCAAAUUAGAGGAUAUUUAUCUACAAAUUAUAAAGGUUGUGUAAGGAUGACUUUAAGAGAUUGCCUUGAUAUCUGGGAGAACGAUGAAGUAUUUGACAAAGAAAAGGAGAAAGAAUAUGGGGAUGACACCACAUCUGAGGGAACCGCUGAAGAAAUUACACCUUUGUUGCAUCAAAACAUAACCACUGGUUCAUUACAAGAUGAUACUGAUAUUAUUAUUAAUGGACCACAUGAUGAUGGUUUGUUAAGAGUUCCUGGUAGAACUAGUAAUAAGAGUGAUAACAGGCCACCAUUAAGAAUCUCAAGAAGUUUAGAUUUUGUUCCAGCUUUAAUACAUGGUAUCCCAAGUGAAGAGGCUAUUGAAGAUAUUGAGAAUGAUGAGGGACCUUCUGAUGAACUUUCUUUGAGUCAUCAAAGAUCUUCAAACAUUUCGGCGUUAUCAACAAAUUCACAAAUUAGAAAUCAUUCAUGCUGUUAUACUCGGGGUUAUAGGUUAUAUUACUAUGUGACUAGUUGUAAUCCAAUUUCUAUGUGUCAUGUGGAAUUUUUGUUAUUACUAUUUACUACUCCGAUCUCUAUGGUGAUUCAUACAUUAUUACUUACCCCUAACGAUAGUCAUACUUUUAUCACAGAAUCGAUUUCCCUUGAUGAAAAGGUUCGUGUCCUCAUGUCACCAAUGAUAAUAUAUUUAUUAAUUGUGCGAUCUUUACCAAAUAUCACUAUAACGAUAAGUUUCUUCACCAUGAUUAUAUUAUAUCUUGUAUGGACCAAAUAUAAUAUAUUACAAAGUCGGAUUCUCACAAAGAGACUUGUAUCAAUCAUGGGGUUCCUUUCAUCGAUAUGUGCCAUCUCCGUAGUGGUUGAUAUAAUUGUAAGCAUCUUACGGAUGUGGACCACCAAAUUCCAUGUCUCAGAGAGUAUCCUGGGGAUCACGAUCUUUGCAUGGGGUAACUCUAUUGGUGAUUUAGUAUCGAAUUUAACAUUUGUAAAGACUGGGCUUGUCGAGACUGCGUUGGGAGCCUGUUUUGGUAGUCCCUUACUAUAUUUUUUAUUUGGGGUUGGAUUUGAUGGGAUGAUGUUAAUGGUAUUAGGUUAUUUAAAUCGUGGUAAAAAUAAUAACGGUAUUGUUAAUUGGGAGAUUAAUUUUACAAUUGAUUCUCAUUUAAAAUUAAGUGGUGUUGGGAUUUUAAUUGCAAUGUGUAUUUAUUUCAUUGGAAUUCCAUUGAAUGGUUGGAAAAUUAAUAAACGUAUUAGCAUAUUAUUAUUAUUGGAUUAUUUAAUUGUGACGUUAUUAAAUAUAUAUACUGAGGUAUAUAUGUAA